UUAAAGAUGAUUCACACUUCACUUUAAUACUUUCCUUUCCAGGGGGUCACACACUACACCUGCCUGUUUCAGACAAGCAUUCAAAGCACCAUGUCAUCUCGAUCUAUAACAAUAGUGUCCUCUGGACGGAGCACAGGGCUCGCCUACAGUGGGUUGAGGAUGCAUAUCACUCAGCUCUCCUCACAGCCCAAACUCCCGCUUGAGGAGGACAGGGAAUCUGGGCUUGGCUCCACCCUUGACCUCAGCAGCAGUUUCGAGGGCUACGACCGACAUACCAAUCACCGCUUCAACACACCUUCACUCAGGGAGGCAGACAGACUCCCAAAAGAGAAAGACAGCUCUCCACAGACCACAGCAGUGAGUGUGAACAAGAUAAAGCAGCUCCUCGUAAAUCUAUCCAAGAUCCCUCUCCUCUUCAUCCUCCUCUUCUUCUUUGUUUGCUCCUUGGACACUCUGAGUUCUGCCUUCCAGUUAGCAGGGGGUAAAGUGGCAGGGGACAUUUUCCAGGACAAUGCGGUGCUGUCUAACCCUGUGGCAGGGCUGGUGGUGGGGAUCUUGGUGACUGUGCUGGUCCAGAGCUCAUCCACCUCCACCUCUAUCGUCGUCAGUCUGGUAGCCUCCGGAUUGCUAGAGGUGAGGUCGGCUGUUCCAAUCAUCAUGGGGUCCAAUAUUGGGACUUCAGUCACGAACACCAUAGUGGCCAUGAUGCAGGCCGCAGAGAGGACCGAGUUUCAACGUGCCUUUGCCGGGGCAACAAUCCAUGACUGCUUCAACUGGCUGUCUGUCCUGGUUCUGCUGCCGCUGGAGGUGGCGAGUGGUCUCAUGGCCCGGCUGUCACACCUGCUGGUCACCAGCUUCAAGCUUCAGCCUGGGGAAGAAGCACCUGAGCUGCUCAAGGUCAUCACCGAGCCAGUCACUAAGCUCAUCAUACAGCUGGACAAGUGUGUGAUCACGGGGAUCGCCAUGGGAAAUGAGGACAUGAGGAACAGGAGCCUGGUGAAAGAAUGGUGCCAGACUGACCUUGUUAUGUCCACUGGCAAUGUGAGCACUGAAAACUGUGGCCCCAGCCAUGACUUGUCCCAGUCUUCACUGAAGUGUAGGCAUUUGUUUGUAUCCACCGAGCUGUCAGACCUCACUGUGGGCCUAAUUCUCCUGGCAGGCUCUAUGGCUGUCCUCUGCACCUGUCUCCUCCUUCUAGUCAAGCUGCUCAACUCUCUUCUUAAAGGCCAAGUGGCAAAGGUCAUCCAUACAGUCAUCAACACAGACCUGCUUUAUCCGUUUGGAUGGCUGACAGGAUACAUGGCCAUGGUUGUGGGUGCAGGGGUAACAUUUGUGGUCCAGAGCAGCUCUGUCUUCACUUCAGCCAUGACUCCCCUUGUAGGCAUUGGUGUGAUCAGUCUGGAACGGGCCUAUCCUCUCACCCUCGGGUCCAACAUUGGUACCACUGCCACAGCCCUGCUGGCAGCUCUGGCCAGUCCUGGGAACAAGCUAGCAGCAGCCAUACAAAUUGCUUUGUGUCACCUCUUCUUCAACAUCUUUGGCAUUCUGCUCUGGUAUCCUCUUCCCUUCAUGCGUCUGCCGAUAAGGAUGGCUCGUGUCCUGGGUGAGCGCACUGCCAAGUACCGCUGGUUUGCAGUCUUGUACCUCCUCCUUUGCUUCUUGCUCCUGCCCUCGCUGGUGCUGGGCCUCUCGCUGGCAGGGUGGCGGGUGAUGGCUGGUGUUGGAGCUCCUUUCCUGGGUGUGACCAUCUUCAUUGUCAUGGUAAAUGUGAUGCAGGCCCGCAGCCCCAGCCACCUGCCCAUGAAGCUCCAGACCUGGGACUUCUUGCCCCAGUGGAUGCGCUCUCUCAAACCGCUUGACCGCUUGAUCACAAAGGCAACUAUCUGCUGCAACAUCACAUGCAAGGAGGGGCAGGGAGAAGAAGAAGAGGAGCAGAUCUCGAUACAGACGACCUCUGCUGACCCGCAGAAAGAGUCUACACAGAAGAAGGCAGAGCUGGCUUAUGAUAACCCAGUCCUGGACUACCUGGAUGAGAGCAGACCAGGUGUACGGGUUCUUAAAUUAAAAGGGUUAGAAAGGUGCAACAGCACUCCACUGUAGUCAAACUGAUAAAAGAGGGCUAUUUUGUACUCCAUUUUGUGGAUUUAUUUUAGGUUUGACAAAAUCCAUUGUAUAAUGCUUUGGAAGUUAACCCAUUUCUGAUUAUUGAUUGGCUGAUAAUUAUACAUAACUUCCUAAAGCAUGAGAUUAGUAUGAGAAUCGACGGAGCUCUGCAGCUGGAAGCUGGACCAAACAGCCAUCUAUGGACAGUGAUUCACAUGUUGAUGCAACUUACCAUCAAAACUCAUAAUGAAGACAACAAAACAAUCUCACCUCAAGGUCCAUUAGUUGUUCUGGAGCUUUCUAUCAUAUUGAAUGAUCUUCAAUAGCUGACAGAGUUUGUCCAGUUGUCAUGGAAAAGUAAAUACAUUUCCAGUUUUACUGAGGACUUCUCUUCCAUGUUUAUCUGCUGACGAAGCUCAUAUGACAUGACCGAAAGCACCAGAACUGCUGCUAAAUGGACCUUAAAGGGAUCUUUUGUCAACUGUUUCUCAAGGUCAAAAAUGCACAUGUAACACAUAAACAAGGUAUGAAGUGAAGCAUGACAUAAUUAAAGGUAUCCUGUGGAGUA